ACAAAGGGGAGGAGUUCACCUUCCUGGCUAUGGCUUUCAGGUCUGUCCAGGACUUCUUACUCCAGUAUAAAACUGAGAGCAGAAAUAUGAUCACAUCCUAAGAAGUCUAAUCAAUUCUGGUUUCAACACUGAGCCUAUUUAAAAUAGAGAAUGGAAUUGCUGUUCCUUGUUCUGUUCGCUCUGCACAUUCUCAAGACAGAGGCACUAGUUGUAAGCCAUUGGUGCUAUCAGUCACAGAAGGAUGAAGACCCACACUGUCAAGAUCCUCGAAAAUGGUACCAAACAUAUGCCACCUGCAAAGGGAAAAAACAGUCACCUAUCAAUAUUGUCACCAAAAAUGUCGUUCUGGACAAGAGCCUUAAUCCACUGAGCUUUGAGGGAUAUGAUGUGAAGGGAUCUUCUGCAUGGGACAUAGAAAAUAAUGGACAUACAGUUAAAGUAACAUUAGAUACAUCCCCUAAAAUUGGAGGCGGAGGUCUGGGAAGAAAAUACAAGGCUAUAGAAUUUCAUUUGCACUGGGGAGUCCGAGUCGAGCAGCAAUACCUUCCCGGGUCAGAGCACAGCAUAGAUGGAGAAAAACAAGCCAUGGAGCUUCAUAUUGUCCACAUAAGAGAAGAUGCUUCGGGUAUAGAAGAAGCAAAGAAAUAUGCAAAUGGAGUGGCUGUGUUAGCAUUCUUCAUCAAGAUUGAAGAAGAAAACAGAAACUAUGCAACUCUAAUAAGUGAAUUAGAGAAUAUUAAAUACAAAGGGCAAACAGCACAGAUGGAGCCUCUGCCACUGAGUUCUCUAAUCCCACCUAAGGAAGACCUUGGAAGGUACUAUCGGUACGAGGGCUCCCUCACCACUCCCGACUGCUAUGAGGGUGUCAUCUGGACAAUCUUUGAGAAGCCAAUUGAACUCAGUCUUUCUCAGAUAACUCAGUUUUCAACAGUCCACUUUGAUGGGAAGAACUCAACCCCCAUGGCUGAAAAUUUCCGUCCUGCUCAGUUUCUGAAUGAACGAGAGGUGUACUGGUCCAGUGCCAGCAUCCUCCUGCCUACUGCUAAGCUUUUGCUGUUGCUCCUGAUGCUCACGUACAUCCUGACUUCUCUUUGCCAAUGAACACUUCUCACCUCAUUCAAGGUUCUGGCCUUUUUGGAGGGUUUUUUAUUGUUGUUGCUGUUGUUGGUUCUUUGUACCAAGUAGUCUCUCUAACUGCCAGCUCAUGAAUCAUAUCUCAGUACAGGAUUUCACCUUGCCCUCCACCAGACACUGACCUAGGACUUCUCUUGGCACUCCUAUAAAAAUUGAAACCCAUUGCACUAAAUCACAAGAAUUCAAAAGAACGGUAAGAUAAAGCUACAAAGAUUCAAAUUAAAACAAACACAUACACACAACACACUUAAAGAAAACAUUAAGAUGGUUUAUCUGCAAGCCUGUAGUUUUAACACAGCACUGGAAGGACAGUCUACAAGCUAUACAGAGGACCUUGAAGAGGAAUUUGCUCUUAAGUGCCUAUGAAGAGUUUUGUUUGCAGUAUGUUUACAUUCAACACUGUAAAUCAGAAAGACAGUAACACGUGGAGUCAUUAUCAUCCCUGCGUUGUCCUACACGAAAGUACAAGACAAAGAAAAAUUGCUCACACGCAAUUGAGAAAUAUCUGGGUGGUCCUAGCGAGUGAAGGAUGUGUGACAUCUGUACUAACACUAUUUUACCCCUUCUUGCUUCAGAAUGUCCACAGUUAAUUUUUCAGUAAGGAAGCUGGAUUCCUUUCAUCUAACCUACUGAUUCUGGACUUCAGGUUUCUCUAUUAAGCCUAUUUAUUCAUCCUAGUAUGGAAUCCUGCUCUGGGAUGCCCAGGGAUAUGAUGUGCUAGAAAGAAGAAGGGAAACUCAACCACAUGUACCCUUUGCACAUCUGUGGAAAUUCCCUCUCUUUGGAGGGCUGCGUUUGAAGCAUGAGACUUUGACGAUCCUUUACAGUUUUCAUUUGCCUAAUAAAAUGGGACAGUUCAAGAAAUGGCUCUUUCCAGUAUCACAUUUCAGAAGUUUUUAAAUGUCGGUUUGAAUGUAUCUUUUUUUUUUAAUCAUAACAUACCUGCAAUAUUCCCGUAUGAUGAAGAUUCACAGUUUGUCUAAGAAGAUUGUGAUUUGAACUUCAAAUUCUUCAGAUCUUACCCUAUUUACUCACAGAAAAGCUCAGUAUAUUGGGAAAUGGGAUUUGCUUAUAUUAUUCCAGUUCUCUCUCUGAAGACAGACAUAACAGUUUUCUCUGGCUAUUGCCAUGUAACAUGUUACAACUACUUUUAGAAUUUUAGAUUUUGGCCACACCAAAAUAGGAUUUCGUAUUAGCAGGUUGUAUUUUGUUCUCUAGGGCAAUAUUCGCAGAGGUGCCUUUAUGCUACAGCUCUACGGCCAUUUUCAGGAAAAUCACAUCAGUGAGACUAACCACAGCUCACCAAAGGAAAAAAAGCAGGGUGAGAACUUAUUUUUGGAUUUAACCAUCAAUUAUAUAAGCUUCAGAAAACCACAAAGGAAAGCAAAUUCACCUUUUGAAGUUUAGAGGGAUGAUUAAGACUUUGACUGUAUUUUUAGCUAACCGAAAAACUUUUGAGGAACGGACAUAAAUAUUAAAGUUGAACAGAGACCUAUAGUUUCA